AUGGCCCUGGGCCAGGCUGUGCUGGUGCUGCUGGUGCUGAGCACCUUUUGGGCAUGCAGGGCCGUGCCACCACUGGAGCCAGGCCAGCAGCGUGGCGUGCAGUGGCUCUGGGGGGCGACCAAGCAGGGCCAGGCUGAGCCCCUGGCACUCUCCCGCAGGAGAAGGGACGAUGGUGGGCAGCAGCCCCCUGCCAGCACGCCGGGGCACAGCCAUGCUGCCAGCACGCCGGGGCACAGCCACGCUGCCACCACGCCGGGGCACAGCCACGCUGCCACCAUGCCAGGGCACAGCCACGCUGCCACCACGCCAGGGCACAGCCACGCUGCCACCACGCUGCCCAGCAGCACUCAGACUGAUUCCCUUGAGCCCAACCUGACGCUGGGCUCUGUGCCACCACCGGCUCCUGCCACCAACGCCAGCCUGCAGCGGGGGCUCGUUGUGCCAACCACAGGGGGCCUGCAGGAUGAGACAGACUCUCCUGAGCCUGGCCUGCUGCUGAGCUCCGUACCCAGCACCGACGCCGCUCUGCCCUGGGCACCGGGGGUGCCAACCACGACAGAUGCAGAGGAUGAAACCGAUUCCCCGCACCCUGAGCUGACGCUGAGCUCCGCGCCACCGCCACCGCCUGCCACCACUGCCAGCCUGCGGCAGGGGCUCGCGGUGCCAGCCGCGACGGACCCAGAGGACGAGACAGAUUCCCCCGAUCCUGACCCGCCGCUGGGCUCUGUGCCACCCCCAGCACCCAGCACACAGGCAGCCCCCCGGAGGAGCUUCACCACCGUCCUUGGGCUCUCGCCGCCCAGCAAGGAGGGGGCGGCAGGCGGUGACGCGGACGGCAGCUCGAUGACGUCCCCGGCCCUCGGCGCCACCACCACGGGCCACAAGGUGAAGAAAUCCAGCUCUCCGGCCGCGCCGACUCCUUCAGCCCCUUGGCACACGAAGGCCCAGGGGACCGCAGGGCCGCGGCCCUGGGAGCCCGGCAGGGCGGUGGGCACAUGCCUGCUGGCCGUGCUGCUGCUGGCACUGGCGGCUGCCACCUUCAUGGUGUGCGCGGGGGUGCUGGGCGCCCUGCUGUGGCGCCGGGCGCGGACGGCACGGCGCCAGAUCAGCCACACCGAGAUGAUUUGCAUCUCCUCCCUGCUGCCCGACAGCGAGGUACCCGCCAACGGCACCGGGGCUGCCCGGCGCCCCAAGACGCUGCUCGACCCUGGCUCCGAGCUGGAUGGUGACAACCUGACUCUCAGCAGCUUCCUGCCAGACCACUCUUGAGCUGCAGGAGUGGGAACUGCAGCCCAGAGCAUCGAGGGGAUGAGC